UACCUUCUCAUCUGCCCAGCCUCGUUAUCGUCUAGUCGUGAAAUUGACGUGCUAACAGAAUGAAGUCUCUUGUUCUCUUGUAUCUGGCAUCUUGUCUCACGGUGUUAACUGUAGCACACUCCCCAGUCCCCGCAGACGAUGAGGUCAACCGGAUGUGCAUCUUUGGCGACAUUGCUGUGCGUCACGGCCACUUCACCAUGGACACCUGCAACAGGUGCAAGUGUUUCAAUGGAAAGGAGGUCUGCGAGGACAAGCCAUGCAACAAAAGAGGCGCCGCUUGCGUCAUUGACGGUAAAAAAUAUGCCAGCGGCCAGCCAACACCUGACGAGUGCGGCCGAUGUCGCUGUCGCCAUGGCAACCCAGUCUGCGACAAAAGCGCAUGCGUGAAAGAAUCUGACUAGACUGGCGGUGUGUUCAGGCAAGGUGUGU